UAAAAUAAUUUAUUAUUUAACUACUACUACAUUAAAUACACCAAACCAAACAGAACUAUUGCCAGAAAGUAUAUUAGUUAAUCAAACUAAUGACUAUGUCUAUUUAAGAAAUCUUGUGAAUCAAUUUUGUCCAACUAUAUUUAUCCAAUCUAAUGUCAACAAUGAAUUGAAAAGAUAUUUUGUCAUUCCUAUUGAUAAAAAUUGUAAUUCAUUAGAUUGGUAA